AUGACGUGGUCAACCCGUAAUUUGAGAGAUGGGAACGCCGCCAGCUCCAGCUGUUCAACAGAAGCUUCCAGAAGAUUAUUGAUUAUUGUCCCUAAUUUAAUCUCUCCCUCGUCGCAGUGCCUGGACAGCCCCCUCGACGCCUCGCCAGCGCUCACCAGCCGUCACCGCCUCCCUCGCUGGUUAACCAACCGCGGCUACUGUUACCUCGCCGGCUUACUCACUGCAGCUACUGUUACUUUGCCGCCUCCCUUGCCAGCCAGCUGCAGCCAACACAGUGGCAGAGAGUACGAGAGGGUGAGAGCGUCGCGGAGAGAGGCGAGGGACUGCAGAGUGUCGCUGCAGAGAGACGACAGCUCCGAAGGGUUCGUCGAAGGGAAAAACUACGUCAGAGGGAGUCGUCGGAGGCAGAUCAAACUUUGGAAGGGAACGUCGACUCGUCGGAGAGAGACGAGAAGCUUGGGAGGAAUCGUUGGAAGCAGCCGUCGAGUCGUUGAAGAGAGAGGAGGUGCUGGAGGAAUCGUCGGAGAGAGAGCAGAGGCUAUCGUCGAGGAGAAGACUCGCUGGAGACUUCGUCGAGUCUUCGUCAGGGAGCAGAACAGAGGAAGCUUUGUGCGAGAGAGGUAGGA